CUCUCGCUUUAUGCAUAUAUACCUUACUAGUUCUCCCUCCUUUCUCCAUUCAGAAAAACAGAAACAGCCCUAUAGCCAAAGGGUCAUCAGUUAAAAUAAAAUGGAUCUUAGAACAGAGAUUGCUCUUCUGCUGAUCGUCUUCUCUUUUUCUGUAGGACAGUUUCGUAGUUUUGCUGCAGCAGCUGCAAGACAAGAGGAAGAAGGACACCCUUACAUGUUCAACGAGGAGGACUUCACAACGCAUAUUGAGAGUGAGGAAGGCGGAAUUCAGAUCCUUCAGAGCUUCGUGGAGAGGUCAGAGCUUCUAAGGGGCGUCGAGGAUUAUCGUGUGGCCAUUCUGCGGGCCAAUCCUCGCACCUUCGUCCUUCCUGUCCACUUCGAUGCUGAAUCCAUCCUUUUUGUCACUCAAGGAAGAGCAACUAUUAAGUUGGUGAGGAAGAAUAAGCUGGAAAGCGUGAGCGUUCAACGUGGAGAUAUUAUUCGGAUUAACGCAGGGGUCCCUGUUUACAUAAUCAACAACGAAGAGAAUGAGGAACUGUGGAUCGUCAACCUCCUCAAAUCAGUCUCUGUUCCUGGGAGUGUCCAGGCAUUCUACGGGGCAGGCGGUCAGAACCCAGAGACGUUUUACAGAGCUUUCAGCACUGAGUUGCUCGAAGCUGCUCUAAACAGUGAAAAGAGAAAGUGGGGUGGGAUCUUCAAAGAACAGAAGAGAGGAAUAGUUGUAAAAGCAUCGCCAGGGCAACUGGAAGAGUUGAGCAGGCGGGGAAGCGAGGAGGAAGAGGAUGGCCUGUGGCCUUUUGGUAAAAAAGAGUCGAAGAAGAACAAAGCAUUCAACCUUUUAAAAAAGGACCCCUCCAUGUCCAACAAAUACGGACGAUUCCAUGAGGUUGAUUCCGAUGAUUAUGACCGCCUCCGCGACGUCGAUGUCAUCGUCGCUUAUGCCAAUAUCACCAAAGGAUCCAUGGCGGGGCCAGUCUACAAUUCGAGAGGACAUAAGAUAGCAAUAGUGGUAAGAGGGGAAGGAUACUUCGAGAUGGCAUGUCCUCACGUCUCCUCUCGGGGGUCAAGCCAGCGACAUGAAGGCGGAGGAGGAAAGAGCGAGAAGGAAUUGCAGAAAUCCAAACGAAAGGGUGCGCCCACCUACCAGAAGAUUCGCGGCCAGUUGAGGCCCGCCACGGUUCUUGUCGUGCCGCCCGGCCACCCCGUUGCGAUGGUUUCUUCCUGGAGCCCAAGCCAUGGCAACAAGGAUCAAAAUCUUCAGAUUCUGUUCUUUCAGGUCAAUGGCCAAGGCUAUGUCAAGUACCCACUUGCAGGGAAGGGGAACAUAAUAAGCAGGAUGGAGGAUGAGGCGAAAAAGUUGGCGUUCGACACUUCGUCUAGGAAAAUAGACGACGUCUUCGGGGCCCAAGAAGAGGAGCUGUUCUUCCGAGGGCCAAAGCAGUGGCGGGAAGGCAAUAAGGGACGCGCGGAUGCAUGAUCACAUCACAAAUAGUUAAAGAGCUAGCGGAAUACUGAUCAGCAGAGUUAUGGUGGAGCUGUGUGUAUAUAUAUGUACGUGAGAGGUCUGUGUGUGCAUGGAUCCACAUGAACGUGUAUAUAAGCUUGACCUACGUACUACGCGCGUCAUGGCGCCAAAUAAGAUAAUAAAAGGGGAUCUGCUUUUGUAUCGUUUUCA